CCGGGAAGACCCUUUGCCCUCCCUCCCCAAGGUCGCGCUGCGUGCUAGGCCCCGUGACUGAGUCAGCAAGGCGGAGGCGGCAACACUAACCCUCACCCUCCCGGGACUGGAUCUACGCGAUCCGGAGGGUGCCGGAGACCCGCCCUCCUGAUCAGAGCACGAGUGACCCAGCCACUGCCACUGGCACCCCAAUAGCGAGUCGGCUGGAGCUUGGUGUCGCAAGCCCCCAGUUCAGAAGGAGACAGUGAGGCCCCCACGAGCAGGGGGUGGGGAGCCGGGCGAUCCGGCCUGCGCUUCAAGGCCGUGGCCUCGGUUUCCCCCGCAAGGACAAAGGAGGCCACUACGGCGGAUGGAAAACAAAGGCGGCCAGCACUGAGGUCAGGAUCAGGCCAAAGCGGCUUGAAAGGGGUCCCCCCGCCAGGUGCACUCUGGGUGUCCAUACCUGCGUGGGCAAACGCUAGCCGCACGGAUAGUCACGCGCGUGGACCCGCGUUCUCAGCGCCAAGUGAGCCCUGGGCCGCGAAGCCUUUUAUGCACGGCCCGAACCAAGACGAGCAGGGCGCGGGGGAGGGAGCAAACGAGCGGAGCGGUCGGGCCCACUGAUCCCAUAGGUGCGGGGGAGCGUGCGGCCCGGUCCAUGCGCCUGCGGGCGACGGGGGGAGACGCGUUGCCUUCGGCCGGGACCACUGCAGCAGCACGCGGGGGUAAUGCGGCAGCCGCGGACUCCGCGCUCGAUUCAGCCUGGGAGCGCGCUGGGGGCCGUUGGAAUCCGGCAUGGCCCGGACCCCGGCGGCGCUGGUGCUGCUGCCUCUGCUACUCCUGUUGCUGGAGACUCCUGCGCAGGUCUACCAGGACUAUCAAUACUUCGGCCAGCAGGGCGAAGGUGACACCUGGGAGCAGCUGAGGCUGCAGCAUCUAAAGGAAGUUGAGGACUCGAUCCUUGGCCCGUGGGGAAAUUGGCGGUGUCUCUGCGACCAGGGCAAGCAAGAGCGCAGCCGCGAGGUGCUAGGCACAACGCCUGGCCCGGUUUUCAUGAACCCGGAGAACCUGAUCCAAAUACGGCCCUGCAGGCAACGGGACUGUCCAUCCUGCAAACCCUUCGACUGCGACUGGAGGCUCUAAGCCAAGGGGGAAGCUGAGUCAGGAGCUGCGAGCCCCGUGGAUAGCUAGGGAGGCGGAGGUGGCUGGAUCGCUUGAGC